AUGGAUGCCAGGAAAGCCCAUAAAGCCUCCUCUUCAUCCUCACCAUCCUCCUCAUCAAAACGUUGGAAGUACCAAGUGUUCUUGAGCUUCAGAGGUGAAGACACACGCAAGGGCUUCACAGGCCACCUCCACGAAGCAUUAUCUGAUGCCGGAAUCAGCACCUUUCUUGACGACAACGAGCUAGAAAGAGCGGAAUUUAUAAAAACCCAACUGGAGCAGGCAAUCGACGGGUCCAUGAUCUCCAUAAUUGUCUUCUCCAAGAGUUAUGCCGAUUCCACUUGGUGUCUUGACGAGCUGGUGAAGAUCAUGGAGUGUAGAGAAAGAUUGGGGCAACAGGUUAUUCCAUUGUUCUAUAAUGUUGAUGCUUCAGAUGUCCGGAAACAAACUGGUAGUUUUGCACAAGCAUUUGGGAAACAUGAAGCGGGCAUCUGUGAAGGUAAACAUGAGAAAGAAAACGUAAAGCGGUGGAGAAAUGCUCUCACUCAAGCUGCAGAUUUGUGUGGGGAAGAUCUUAAAAAUGCUGACAAUGGGCAUGAAGCAAAAUUUAUCAAGAAAAUUCUUAGGCAGCUUAAUAAGCAGUUGUACAGCAAAUACCAAUUAGACACCGAACACCUUGUUGGAAUUACUUCUCGGAUGAAGGUUUUGAGUAAUCACUUAGAUAUUGAAAAUUCAGGUUCUAAGGAUGUUGUUCGCAUGAUUGGUAUUUUGGGGAUGGGCGGCAUUGGGAAAACAACGCUUGCCAAAGCCAUUUAUAACAAAUUUGAAGGUAGCUUUGAAGGUAGGAGUUUCCUUGCAAAUGCAAGGGAAGUAAUUGCAAACCAACCCAUUACUGGUCUGGUUGGUUUGCAAGAACAACUUCUAAAUGAUAUCUUGAAAAGCGAGGGCAUAAAGGUUGACUCUGUUGCUAAAGGGAUCGAUAUGAUAAGAGCAAGACUUGGCUGUAAAAGAGCACUUGUCAUAAUUGACGAUGCAGAUGAUCUACAGCAACUAAAAGCAAUAGCUAGAGCUCGUGAUUGGUUUGGUCCUGGAAGUAGAAUUGUUAUAACAACAAGAAAUCAACAUUUGCUAGAGCAAGUUGGAGUGGAUAGCAUAUAUAUGGCUCAAGAAAUGGAUGAAAAAGAAGCUCUAGAGCUCUUUGGUUGGCAUGCCUUUGAAAGUGGUUAUCCUAAUCAAGAAUAUCUUGACCUCUCAAAACGUGUAAUUCGUUACUGUCAAGGCUUGCCUCUAGCACUUGAAGUUGUGGGGUCUUUUCUGAUUAAAAGACCCAUAGCAGAGUGGGAAAGCCAUUUGGAGAAAUUGGAAAGAAGUCCUGAUGGAGAUAUUCAAAAAAUACUAAGAAUAAGCUAUGACGGGCUACCUGAUCAUACAAAGAGAGAGAUGUUCCUUGAUAUAUCUUGUUUCUUUAUUGGAAUGGACAGGGACUAUGUCACACAAAUAUUUGAUGGAUGUGGCUUUUCUGCAACGAUAGGAAUCAGUGUCCUCAUUGAACGGUGCCUUGUAACUGUUAGUGAGGAAAACGAGCUGAGGAUGCAUGAUUUGCUUCGAGACAUGGGAAGAGAGAUCGUUUAUGAAAAUGCCGAUGGUCACCCUGAAAAUUUUAGUAGAUUGUGGAAACGUGAAGACGUAAAAGAUGUGUUGAGCGAUGAAUCUGGAACUGAAAAAAUUGAAGGAGUUGCUCUACAUUUGGAUUUGGAUGUAGAUUCGGAUGUAGAUUCAGAUCUAGAUUUGAACAGAUUCAGUGCACAAGCGUUUACCAAGAUGAAAAAACUGAGGUUACUCCACCUCAGCAACGUAGAGCUCACUGGAGAGUACAAAGAUUUUCCCAAAAAGUUAAUAUGGUUGUGUUGGCAUUAUUUUCCUUUAGAGUCCAUACCAGAUGACUUUCCUACGCAACCAAAACUAGGUGCUUUAGACCUGCGGCAUAGCAAACUCAAAAUAGUCUGGAAGGAUUGCAAGUUGCAUCAGAAUUUGAAAAUCCUUAAUCUCAGUGGUUCCCGCCGGCUAACAAAAUCACCAGACUGUUCAAAACUCCCAAAUCUCGAGGAAUUGAUAUUGGAAGACUGUGAGAGUUUGUCUGAGGUUCACUCAUCCAUCGGGGAUCUUGGAAGACUUUCUUUGGUAAAUCUUAAAGGUUGCAGAAUCCUAAAGGAUCUCCCAGUGAAUUUCUAUAAAUCCAAGUCUAUUGAAACUCUUAUACUGAAUUGUUGUUCAAGUUUUAAAACGUUGGCUGAGGGCUUAGGGUACAUGGUAUCAUUGACAACUCUGAAAGCGGAUUACACAGCCAUCAGACAAAUUCCAUCUUCCAUAUUAAAAUUGAAGAAACUGGAAGUUUUAUCUUUAUGCCCUGUGAAAGGGUCGCCAUCAACAAAUCUUUUGCCUCCUUCAUUGCAAAGUUUAAGCUCUUUAAGAAAAUUAGCUCUUGCAAACUGCAGUUUAACUGAUGAUGCAUUCCUCAAGGAUCUCGGUAGCCUAAUUUCCUUAGUACAUUUAAAUCUUGACGGCAAUUACUUUUGCAGCCUACCAAGCCUUAGUCGUCUUUCACAGCUUCAAGAUUUGUCUUUACAUGACUGCAUAAAUCUUCAUGCAAUCCCAGAUUUACCAACAAAUUUGAAAUUCUUACGAGCAGAUGGCUGCAUUGCAUUGGAAAAAAUGCCAGAUUUUUCAGAAAUGUCAAAUAUAAGAGAAUUGUAUCUAAGUGAUUCGUUCAAACUCACUGAGGUUCCAGGCUUGGAUAAGUCAUUAAACUCCAUGACAAGGAUUCAUAUGGAAAGCUGCACCAAUCUGACUGCCGAUUUUAGGAACAACAUCCAACAGGGAUGGACUUCUUCCGGAUAUGGUGGAAUUUUUUUCAAUGGAAUUUAUGAUAUUCCUGAGUGGUUCGAGUUGGACGAUGAUGUGCAGAAUAUCGUCUUCUUUGAAGUUCCUCGAAGAAUCAUGGGUCGUGAUUUAGAAGGGUUGACUAUAUGCUUCGUUUACUCAAAAUUCUUAUUUCAUUGGUAUGAUCAAGGUCACAUUGGCAUUAUCGUUAGAAAUCUUACCAAACAAACUGCUUUGCACACCCGGAUGGCAUUUGGCUCGGUUUUAACUUGGAGUGAACGUGAAGACGGUUAUCUUUGGCAGGGACAAUUGUCAAAUGAUGUGCUACGUUUGCAAGGCGGGGACCAAGUCUCCAUUCUUGUAAGGCCUCUAGUUGAUUUUGUGAGAGUGAAGAAGACAGGGGUUCAUCUAGAAUGGGACAAAGUCAUGAAGGAAAAUAUGGAUAAUCCGGAUCCUCAUUUGUAUGAUUUGGAAACAAAUCGGGAUUUUUCAGGGGGAGUUGAUGACGCAUUUUUCAGGGGCAGUGUUAUUCAUGAACAAUUAGCAUUGGAACCAUAUCUGGAUUUUUUUGGGGGAACUGAUAAUGAGGCAGGACGGAGCCAUGACGCACGGCUGGAUGAUGGAGCAGGAUGGAGCAAUGACGCAUUUGUUCGGACUAAUCAAUCGAGUGCUGUGGAUGAACAAUUAGCAUUGGAGUUGAUGAGUCCAUUUCAAUAA